GUUUAUUCUCCAGAAUUAUAAAAGAAAAUAAAUAAAUAAUAAUACUAAUGAAAUUUGGUCUUUUUUCACCCACCGAUUCGACACUCCUUUUGGUUUGAUAACUUUUUUCCUCUCAAAUUUCACCAGGAUAUGUUUCGUGUUCCACAUCAUCAGCUUGCUCUAACUCUUGAAUCCGAUAUAGGCUUUACUGCAUCACUGCAAUCAUUGUUAAGGAGCUACAAGAGGGAUUUCAGUUGCAUGAUUCAAUGGUGGCAAAAGGCUAGACGAGUUAUGGACUGCUUUCAGAGUGUUAGCUGUGUUAAAGGUUCCCUAUGCCAACAGUUAUUAUUAUUCAUUUUCUGGUUAUCGAGUUUACAAGAUGUUGCCACAUUGCAGACGUUACAUGACCCUAGCCAUGUUUCUUCCACACCUGAGCUAGCUAAUCCUCCGAGUACUGCAUUAUUUGAACCUAUAGAAAUAGCCCCUGCUGUCAUUCCUAGAUACCCUUAUCCCGACGAAUCUUUACCACCCAUGUAUCCAAAUUUCCCCUCGACAUAUGAACCAAAUUUAACUGGAAGGUGCCCUGUAAAUUUUUCUGCUAUGUCGAAUAUCAUGGGGAAAACAGCAUCUGAUUGUUCUCUACCUUUGGCAGCACUUGUAGGAAAUGUAAUAUGUUGUCCACAGCUUGGUAGUUUACUCCACAUCUUCCAGGGUUACUACAGUGUUGACUCUGAACAGUUGGUCUUGCGAAAUGCUGUUGCUAAUGAUUGUUUUUCAGAUAUCAUUAGUAUCUUAGCUAGCAGAGGCGCCAACAGUACAAUACCCACAGUGUGUUCUGUAAAAUCAUCAAACCUCACAGGUGGUUCUUGUCCGGUGAAGGAUGUUAACACCUUUGAGAAAAUGGUGAAUACGAGCAAGCUAUUGGAGGCUUGCAGCACUGUUGAUCCUUUAAAAGAGUGCUGCAGGCCAGUUUGCCAACCUGCAAUUAUGGAAGCUGCUUUACAGAUUUCUGGAACACAAAUGAUGCUCAAUGAUAAUAAAAAUGUUGUUGGGGAGACUAGUCAUAUCGAUGCCAUUAAUGACUGUAAAGGGGUGGUAUUUUCGUAUCUUUCAAGGAAACUCUCGCCAGAUGUGGCCAACACUGCGUUCAGAAUACUAUCUGCUUGCAAAGUCAACAAGGUUUGCCCUUUGGAAUUGAACCAGCCGUCAGAAGUAAUUAAGGCAUGUCGUAAUGUAGCUGCUCCAAGUUCUUCCUGUUGUAGCUCAUUGAAUACAUACAUGGCAAGGAUACAGAAGCAAAUGUUGAUUACAAACAAGCAAGCAAUUGUUUGUGCAACAAUGUUCGGGUCAAUAUUAAGAAAAGGUGGAGUUCUCACAAAUGUUUAUGACCUUUGUGAUGUCGACUUAAAAGAUUUUAGUAUCCAAGCAUAUGGACAACAAGGAUGCCUACUACGAAGCUUGCCAGCAGAUGUGGUAUUUGACAAUGCAACUGGCUACAGCUUUACCUGUGACUUGACUGACAACAUUGGUGCCCCAUGGCCUUCAUCAUCGUCGAUGUCAUCCUUGUCGCUUUGUGCUCCAGAAAUGUCGUUGCCUGCCUUACCAACAUCUGAGACGCUGAAAAAUCCCGGCUGCCAUGGAUGCACAUUGGAAAUGUUGGUACCCAUUUUUUCAUUUUUUGUUUUCUGUACAUUUUUGUACUAAAGAAAGUCUGUAGUUUACAGGCUGAGCUGUGAUUUACAAAAAAAGUGUAGGACCUGUGUGGUGGACAAUUUUACUUGCAUUGUA